AUGACCGACCCGGGUGUUUUUAAUUCAGCAAUUCGCCCGAGAAUAUUAAACAGGCAUUUCGAGACUUUCAAUGAUAGCCGCGAUGAUCUCGCGGCAAAAAAACUACUACCCUUUCCAAAUGUUAACCAGCGACAUUUGCACGAACAUACGUUCCUUGGAAAAGAGAUGGCUCUUAUUACUUGCCCCAAUUGUCUGAUGUCGAUAGAAACGGAAGUUCGAUACGCUGGAACUGGGAUGACACACUUGGCUGCAAUGUGUUUAUUACCGCUGGGAUUAUGCGUGGUACCGUACUACACGUCGCAUUUCCAGAAUACGGAUCACUAUUGUCCAAUGUGCAAAGUUUACUUGGGGACAAGUUUUGCCGAGGGAUGUAAAUCAGUGAAAUGUUGCGCUGCCGAAUCUACCGAAAUAUUGGACGUCUGAUUCGCCAUCUGUAUUUCGAGUUGAAUUAGGGCACUGCGAUGCACUUUCGUUAUCGCUAACUCAGAAAUCGUCCUUUGAGGAUCCGAAACUCAACACCGCCAUGAUUAAGUUGGCGAAAAAAAAAAAAAAAAGAAAAAAAAGAAAAGACGUCACGUUGCUAUACCUGGUUUGAAAA